UGUCAGGUGACCACGGUGCCUACCCCGGUGAUUAAGGCAAAAUGUGUAACACAAAAUCUGGAUAUGAAAAGCAUCUAUUAUACUAUUAUAAACCAUCACGUAUACUGGGGCAAAAUCUUUCAGUUUUCUUGUCGGAUCGCCGCUAAUCCGCAGAGCGGAAUACUGGAGCCUUGCUGGUGCAAGGUUUCCGUACGAAAGGACUCCAAGAACGGCAAGUCCUUCCAGAAGCUCGGAUUUGUAAACAUAAAUUUGUCAGAAUUCGCCGGAUCUGGAAUCGAUGGUAUCACUAAGACGUUCCUGCUCGAAGGAUACAGUUCAGGCCAUCAGCGGCAGGAUAACUCACUUUUGCGAGUGAACAUCAGCAUGGUGCUGCAGAGCGCAGACCCAUGUUUCAAAGUGUACGUCACGUUUGGUUACUUUUUUUUCGGGGUGAAGGGGGGGGGGGCAUUCGUUGUGUAG